GUCUGGGGACCAUCGAACAAACAUGGCGGCUUCGCAAUAGAUUGAUAGCUUGAGCGAACAAAAUGAAAUGAUUUCGCUUCAGUGUCAUUGUUUACAGUUGUACGUGCAGAAAGAAACAGUCCUUAGGACUCUUAGGAAUGUCUGGUUUGAGCAAGAGCUCCAAACUAGAGGAAAAUGACACUUUGAUGUCAAACAUCUCUCAGGACCUUCUGAACAGUGGGGUAUUUUCUCCGAAGGGAACUUUACUAGAACCAUCAGUCCAGUGUCCUCAAGAGACGAUGGAACUACUUUGUGACCAAGGAGACCUCCUGACCAGUGUCGGUUUUAUGGACUCUAUCUGCUCUGAUGGACCACCCAAAGCUGCUUAUGUGAAUGGAUCCACCUCACCCCAUAUCUCAGAUGAAGUCUUGUUGGAUAUUUCAAAAAAUGUACCAGGAUUUCUUCCUAAGUCUUUAAAUGCACAGAAUUCUGUCACAGCCAACGUCCACUUUGAAGGACAUGAUCCACUCAGAAAAGAGGGGGAAAUAACAAUUAGGCAAACACUGACAGCAGAAGAUGUGGAAAAUAGGGGGAUAUGGGGAUUUGAUACCGAAUCUCCAGAAAGCUCACUAGAUAAUUACAAUGAUGCAAAUGACCUUAGCUGGAAUCCCCAGAAGGAAUUUAUGAAGUUCCUGUGGGAUGAUGAAAAUGCUCUUGAAAUGGAGGAGAAACUGUCCCCUGUUCCUUCACCCAUCAAUCAUAAAAUUAAUGUUCCGUCACCACUCGUUCAUAGAAAAAGAAAACGUAAAGCUGAAAUUGUAUUGAAAGUAGAUCCCUCAAUGGACCUCUAUCCUAAUUUGGAUUUUGAUUCAAAAAUAGAUCACCAGGGUGAAGGAAGCCAGGCAGAAUGCAGUCCUGUAAAGAAGAUACGUUCUCCAAGGAAACCAUCCAAACCACGAUCACCCAUCGUAAAAACUAACAAGUAUUUAAACGGAGGUGCUGAGGCGGUCAAACACCUUUUUCCCAAACCAGCAAAAAAACCUGUUAGCAAAACUCAAAAGUUGGGAUUGAUUAUAGAAAAUUUGCCAACAGACCCAGGUGCUAAGGAACAGCCUGCACCUUUUCCACGUAAGAACAGUUUUAAAGAGAAACCUCAAGAACACAGACAAAUUACGUUUAAUACAGACACACCCAGUUUAAAGCCAUUCAUAUGUAAAGAGUGUGGACAGUGUUUUCAUGACCGGGGUUCAUUGUUACAUCACAUAGAUGUUCACAAGGCAAAGCAUCCGAAAACUAAGAAAGAAAGAAACGAGUUCCAUGAAAUGAAAGAUGAAGGUAAAAAUGCAACAUUGCAGUGUCCCCAGUGCACAUUUGGAACCAACUGUCCAAACACAUUUGUCCAGCAUGCCAAGACCCAUGAGAAAGACAAGCGGUAUUAUAGUUGUAAUAAGUGUGAUUUCGUGGAAAUGAAUGAAUUUCAAAUGAGAAAUCAUUUGCUUCAUAAGCACUCUGAGAGAGACGCUGAUCUGACUGUAUGGAAAUCGGAUGGUUUCCAGGCACGCAAAGUCAACAAAGCCAACAAGAAUGCAGCAGCACCUUCUUCAAUCUCAAACUCUUUUAAAAGAAAAACUAAAAACAUCCUCGGAAAUCACGUUGAUACUUCAUGUCUGCAGAAGUUUAAUGAAGACCAGAAAGCUUUUCAUUCCCUUGACAGCAGUAAUGAAGUUCUUACUACACGUGCACAACUGCCAGCAAGGUCGCCAAAAUUGUCUGUCAAAUUUCAGACAUCAGACAAGAAGAAAAGUCGGUUAACCAAUGGUAAAUGUAGUCGGUUGCAAAAGGACAAAAAGUUACGUAAAGCUCAGACGAACAGCAAACAAAUCCAAAGACUUGACAAAUCAGUUCACACGGUUUUAUCCAGAAAGAAGCACCAGAGUGCCUCUGAAUGCAGCUCUUUCCAGAAUCUUGAUGGAAUCAAUGAAACAGGGUUUCUGGACAGAGGUAAAUGCCAUUAUAAUGAUUCCCUCGAAUGUGAAACUGCAACAUCUGAAACAGAAAGGACUUCCCCCUCCUCAAAUUGUUUAAAAAAAUAUUUCAGUUCUAAAGAGGGGAUCACUAAAAGCACUUCUAAAUCUGAUGGGAAUGUCAGUUGUUCAGAAAGUAUUGGAAAUUGUGAUUCUUACAAAGGAUCUCCACCAAACUCCAUACAUUUAAAGAAGCAAACAUUGAAGUCACCUUCCAAAAGAAAAAUGUCAACUCCAUUCCACAAUAUGCAAGGCCAAGAUAUUCUUUUAGAUUUUCCAAAAUGUAGACAAAAUCUCAAGAAACAGGAAACAUCCAAGGAUGAGGAAUAUAGUAAUAACGAUGACUUGAUACGUGAUUCUGAUCAUACAGUUGGUUCAUGCUUGAGCGAAGAAUGGGAGGAUAAACAUGAUCAGUGUGCACUGAAAUCACCUGCAAAGGGAGAUCAAAGUUCUUCAAGGAUGUUUUCUGUCAAAGAAGAACACAAGGAUGAAGAGGUUUACAAUGCUGGCUCAGAGUCGAUUUCAGCUGUAAAACGUGAAUCGGGCUCAGAUCUUGAGACAGAUCUAAAGGCUUGCCCUUACUGUCCUGCUGUAUUUGAGUCAGGUAUUAGUCUUUCUAAUCACAUACGAGGACAUUUGUACAGAGUGGGCCAGAGAGCACGCAAAGCUGCAUCUGUAGCUAAGUUAGCUGACAAAGUCCCUCCAGUUCAACGAAAAAAAGUGCCACAAAUCAAAACAGAGGUGGACACAUCCAAGACUGGUCAACAGACAGAAAUGCCAACUGACUGUCAACAAACAGAGCUAGUCUGUCCCUUGUGUAGAGAGUGGUUCGACAAUAGGACCGGGCUGUCAAAUCACGUACGAGGCCAUCUUAAGCGCCUGGGAAAACCAACUUCCACUGCCUCGAAAUCCCCAGUGGUCAUAUUGAAGGAACUGAUGCGUGACAAGAAGCAGUUCCAGUUGAAGUUGCAAGUUCUGGAAAGAAAGUACCGCGGUUCCAGAAUUUACCAGCCUGUUAGACUGAAUAACGGUUUAACCUUCUCAUCUACGGUCAAACAGCAUAAAUAUAUACAUUCUCGAUCGGUAGAGGAAAAGAAAAGGAUAGUGACUAAUAAAGGCUCGCCGCCAAGUGAUCUGAUUGGAAUUUUGAAGAAAAGAAGGGCCCACGAAGAGACCAAAGCGAAGUGUCCAUCCCACACAGCGAGAAAGGCUCUCAGUAUAUCUUCAGGCAGAGAGCGUGGCCUAGAGAUACAACCUUUCAAAGCAGUGCCAAAUUCAAAUUCAGCAGACAAAAGUGAAGUCAGUAGAAAAGUGUGUUUGCACUGUAAUGCCACUUUCCACAGCGGUGUUAGCCUGUCCAAUCAUAUGAGGGCAUACGCACACCGAAAGAAGAAAGGCCUUUCUGAUGGAAUAACCUAUGACUGUAAACAAAGAAAGCAAAGAUCGAGGUCUGGGUCAAAGAAGAAAACCUUUCCAUUGUUGCAUGCUCCAGAGGAAAUAUAUAGACUUAAGUGCAGGUUUUGUGAUCUAGUCUUCCAGGGCCCUUUGUCAGUCCAGGAGGACUGGAUAAAGCAUUUACAGAGGCACAUUAUGAAUACUGCUGUACCACGCACAGGGGCAGGAAUGGUGGAGGUCACCACCUACCCAACAAACUCUUGCUCCAACUCAGAGCCACAGGCACAACCUUCAGUGAUGCAAACAUCCUCAUUAGACCAGGAACUGUAGAGACGCACAUUUUGUCCACGGAAUAUCACUUAUAUGUAAAUCGUUUGGUUCCGACUUCAAUUUUAUAUGGUCAUCAGUAAUGAAUAGUAUUUUUACUCCUCGUAGCAGGAAGUUGUUCUUGACAUAAACUGCUUUUUAAAUAUUGUUACAUUGUGCUGGUGUUGUAUACAGUUCAUCGUACGAACGGUGGGUGAAUGUGUUGAGAUUUCACCCACCACCAAAAGACAACUUAUACCUCAGAUAAUUUUUAAGGCUUCUCGCAUUGGGUUUGAUCUAUCGUCACAGGUUUACAGUCCGUACAAAACUGAAAUUACGAUUAAUUUCACUUUUAUAUCAAGCCAUUUUAAUUUUAGAUUCAACACAGUUAUGUCUCUGUUGUCCUAUUGUUGGAAGGUGCACAGAUGAUGCAUAUGUACAGUAUAGAAAUUUUAAGUCUCUAUAUCUACUUGAUUCAGAUGUUUGACUCGUACCAACACAUCAGUCAUUAUGUGAAACAAACCGUUAUAUUGAUAUUUAGCAGUUCAAACCGUAUGCAUGUCAUUACUCUUAUUAGACCAUUUCCAUACGCGUUACAUUUUGGAUUUCACAUAUUACACUUUAUUUUACAUUUGUAUGUCUGCCACAUGUGCUGGAAAAAAACAUUAACUGUUACCUGUGUAGGCCAUUUUUUACGGUUCAAAUACUUUUGUGUAUAAACCUUUUUAGGUAAUUUAUGUGAAAAUGUAAAUCAUUAUAAACAAUUUUGUUGUUUGGAAUAAAAUGUUUAUGUUGUCCUUGCAUGUUGAAUGUAACAAUGUGUACAUGAAUGUGUUUAUAGUAACUAUAUGUGCCACAUGGUUUUAUUGUUGCCAAGGGUGGCAGUGUUUUCCCACACAUAAAAAGACAUGCUUGUCAGUAAGAUGUGACAUAUUAGCCCGGUUUCAUAAACAAGGCUUGUCCCAGACUAUAUUAUAAAUGUUUGAGCUGUCUUAACUGAAAACAUCUUGCUCUGAAAUAUCUUAAAUAUCCUAAUUUAACUAAGUCAUAGCUUUGUCUUAAGCUAAACUUUGUCUGUGAAACCGAGCCAUUUAGUGCUAGUUGUUACAUGGUGUGUAUUACAUUGUCAACGCUUUUUGUGAAACCGUUGCUUAAAGUGACCCUAACACGCGGUUUCUGCCAAUCGACCUGGAUAACUCAAACAUUCAGACACACUUCAGACUAUAUUUGAGGGACAUUUACAUGCAGUUCAUAUAAUACGGUUCUAUAAUCAUUUAUAUGUGAACAGUGUGAGAGUGAGAGAAUUGAAGUGUCAGGUUAAAGGGAUAGUUCACCCAAAAAUGAAAAUUCUGUCAUCAUUUACUCACCUUCAAGUUGUUCCAAAUCUGUAUACAUUUCUUUGUUACCAUAGUAGGAAAAAAUACAACGGUAGUCAAAAGUGCCCCAGAACUGUUUGCUGCAGAUUUAGAACAACUUGAAGGUGUGUAAAUGAUGACAGAAUUUUCAUUUUUGGGUGAAGUAUCCCUUUAAAGUGCAUAAACUGUACACGCUUGGUCUUAAUGGGCCAGUUGCAUAAACUGCUUAGAUUAGUGUUGCAUGUUAGUCAUCAAUUUUUUUCUUCAAGAAAAGGUUAUAAGUUCAAGUCAGUUACAUAAAAAAGAUAGAUUGGUCUAACUGAAAUCUGGAAAGACUAAUUAAUCCUAACUACUUGCUAGCCAGUGAGACUGUAUUAACUAUGUGUAUGCAACUGGCCCAAUAUGAUUGUUUUCACUAUUUGAAUGAAAAUGCAACUGUUAUUUGAACAGAAUCUUACAUUUUUAAAAAGUUUCACAUUCCAUAAACUCAUCAAACGUAUUUUUGUAUGUUACAGCAACUCACCACUGGACCAAGUUGAAAACAGCAAGUUGAAAAGCCAAUUUGAUUGUACAUAAUAAUUAAAUAAAAAAUCACCCCUUGCUGAUAACUGUACAAAUGUAAGGAGUACAUUGCAGCCUUCUUUGGGCAACACUGGUAAAAGAAUGGCCUGGACUAAAGGGUAUCUUUUUAAAUGUACAAUUGAAAAUUUUGCUAAACGUAAACAACACUGAGCCUUUUUUGGCCAAUACUGAUAAAAGAAUGGCCUGCAGUGAAGGGAGUUUUUUUUAAAUGUACAACAAUUACUGAAAAUUUUACAAAACGUAAACAACACUGGUUAUUUUAAACUACACAAACGUUACAACAAAGUACUACCAACAUAACAAUAUAGAACUGAAUCAAAA